AUGCAGACCAAGAUCUUGGUUUCCGCCAUGCUGGCUACCCUUGCCACGGCUCAGACCCUUAACAUUCCCACCCGCAGCGGUUCCAUCGUCUCUCUCUCCGCUCCCUCAGUGAUCUCGGGAUCCAAGGACUUUGGCAACAAGGAGUUUGACCGCGGUCGCCCUUGCAACACUGAUGAUGACACUGGCAGCGAGUCUGCAGUUUUCAUUCUCGAGAACGGCGCCACCCUGAGCAACGUCAUUAUUGGCGUCAACCAGCUCGAGGGUGUUCACUGCAAGGCUGCCUGCACCCUGAAGAACGUCUGGUUCCGUGACGUCUGCGAGGACGCCAUCUCCGCCCUCGGCAGCGGCAACGUCCUCAUCCAGGGCGGCGGCGCCCAGAACGCUGUCGACAAGGUCGUUCAGCACAACGGCCGCGGCACCGUCACCAUUGACGGCUUCACCGUCGUCACCGCUGGCAAGCUGUACCGCGGCUGCGGCGACUGCACCAACAACGGCGGCCCCCGCAACGUCGUCAUCAAGAAUGUCAAGGCCAGCAACGUCAAGGAACUUGUCGGCAUCAACUCCAACUACGGCGAUGUUGCCACCAUCUCCAGCACCUGCGGCUCCAACGUCCCCAAGGUCUGCCAAGAAUACAAGGGUGUCAACAAGGGCAGCGGCAGCAGCACCAAGGUCACCACCACGGCCAACUGCAAGGGCCAGACCUCCCUCUCUGCCUGCUAA